CUCACCAUGAUUUUCUCUUGUAAUUCAAAACUUCUGAGCAGUGUUAACCUUACCGAUAUCCAUGCUACAUCCUGCCACCAUUCUGUGCGACAAUUUUUUCCGUUAUCCAUAUAAACCGGUGAUCAAUAUCUGAAACUGUAUCUAAGUCGUCACAGUCAUUCUCUAACAAACCAUUUAGUCAACAUCGUUCAAAUCAGACGAUGGGAUCUCGAGUCACCCGAGCAACCAACGCACUCCCGGAUUAUGCCCCAUACCUCGUGACCAUAAGAGACGCUGACACGCAAAUACAUAUUUGUGUGGGAUCAAUUAUUAAUGCGUUCUUCGUCCUCACGGCGGCCCAUUGUUUGGUUCGAUUGGGUCGUGAUGGUAGUGAAAAGCGUAGUUUAUAUUAUGUGAAGAAGGCAUCCGAGUUGCGGAUUGUUGCCGGUCGGUAUAACGUCCAGUGGGGACAGGACACGGAACAAUUGCGUGGUAUUGCAAACAAUUUUGUUCCCUCUACUUUCAACCGGUACGACUUAGCGAAUGAUAUUGGCUUGGUAAAAGUUAGUCAUCCCUUCAAGUUCAAUGCCUACGUGAAACCAAUUCCCAUGCCGUUUAGUAAUCGACAAUUUACAGGAUCCGUUUCAAUUUAUGGGUAUGGAGUAAGUCAACAUUCUCCUGGUGAUAUUUACGAAUCGCCAGAGACGUCGCAAAGGUCUGAUUUGGAAAUUAUUACUAAUGAAGAAUGUACUGGACUGCUUGCCAAUCGAAGUUCGAAAGUUGCCAGGUUUAUGAUGUGUGCUUACUCUGAGCAUUCUUCGGUUUGCUCGGGAGAUUCCGGAUCCCCCGUCGUCUGCCGGGACGAAUUCCAAUCCAAUCUCCCAGAAUCGUUUCAAAUAUCUCGUGACAUACUUUGUGGCGUUGUAUCCUGGGGGCAUGAUAAGUGCAUCGUGAAUUUCUCUAAUAAAUCCACCGAUACACCAGCGCCCUCUAUUUUUAGUCGGGUUUCAUAUUUCUAUGGAUUUAUAGCGAAGACGAUUCGAAAAACCGAAACACCAUCACAUUUCCUGUGUCAUAAUCUUCAAUACGUGUACAAAUCACAGGUAUGCGAUUUUUACCGAGAUUGUGACGAUGGAUCGGAUGAAAGUGGAUGCAGGGAAAAAGAAUCUACGACUGUCUUACCUAGCAACUUAUCUGUGUUGACAUCCCAGGCCACAAAUUUCGGGGGAAUAGUUGGGUUAAUUUAUAUUUCGAUAGUUCUUCUUAAACUAAUAGGUAUGUAAAUACCAGUGUUGCUUAAUUACUGGAAUUUGUAAUUAAUUACUAAUUACUAAAUUUCGUCUGACGAGAGAAAGCAAUUAAUUACUCAAUUACUGGUUACAUGAGUCGAGUAAUUAAUUACAAUUGCAUUGCUACAAAAUAAUCAAAGUCUAAUUACUAAUUAUUUUCUCGAUUUUUCUUGCAAUUAAUUACUUUUCUAAUUAAUUACUACAACCCUGGUAAGUAUCAAAGAGCAGAAAAAAAUGUAUGACAGGAAAUACAGCUUAGCCUUGCAAAUUAAACUUUUGUAUAAUGUGCAUACAUUGGAUAUUGAAUCCCACAUUAUGAAUUACGUUAUAUGUUUUAAUGAAUCUGUGCUGAAUACAUAAUUUUCGCAUCCCAAAUAAAAUUUAAUACUGUAUUUCCAGGGCUUUCUAAUCAAUUAGUUAAUCUAAUUAACUAUCUAAUUAAUUAGCAUGUUGAAACUAAUUAUUAAUUACUAAUUAACGUAGUGAUGAAUUCAGAGGUUCAUAUUUACUUCUUGACCAAAUCAUUUGUUUUAUGUAGUCUAAAAAAGAUUUCUUCUGACGAUACAAAAAAACAAUUUUAUUUAUGUAUAUCAACACGGAAGGAAAAAAAUUCAUUCGUUUUUAGAUAGAAUUAUGAGAUUCAAGUAAAUAUUGGUUUGAUACAAAUAAUACAAUACAAUUGAGAUUCCUUUAAUGUGUAUGUAGUCAUGUCAAUCAUACAUAGAUCAUCAUAGAUGCCAAGUAGAG